AUUAACUGCACAUGUGACUUUAUCCACAGUACGGGUAAUUAUGUAAGUCUGUAACAGAGCUUAUGCAUUAUUCGAGCUUCAAACUCCAAAAAAAAGCCACUCCAAUUGAGGACACAUUGAUUGAACUCGGAAUACGAAUACUAAAGUUUACAUACCACCAAGAACUGUACAUACCUCCAGCUACCUAGGUAUCUGGCUGGCUGGCAACUUCGUCCUUGUCAAUUGUGCGCAAGCACGAUAUUUUCCAUUUGCUCUUUAAUGAAGUUCAUAGUUUAAAAUACCGCCAACAUGCGCUGGUUACCUCUUCUACUUUCUUUUGCGCUUCCUUUGGGGUCCUUCGCUGCCAAGAAUCCCUCUACGGUCGAUCGAUUUAGUGAAUUUCACACGAAAGCCCAGGCCUCUUCCCCGUUAAAGCUUGCCGACGCCUCCUACAAGAAGCUCACAUCCGCUCCCCGAGACUACUCUGUCGCCGUAUUGUUGACCGCUUUAGAUGCGCGCUUUGGUUGCCAACUUUGUACUGAGUUCCAGCCAGAAUGGGAUGUGUUGGCAAGAAGUUGGACUAAGGGCGAUAAGAAUGGCGAAUCUCGUCUGAUCUUUGGAACUCUUGAUUUCUCUAAUGGGAGAGAUACUUUCAUAUCCCUCGGUCUUCAAUCUGCUCCCGUUCUUCUUCUAUUUCAGCCCACAACUGGACCGCAUGCCGGCACCACUCGCGAUGCCAUUCGCUACGAUUUCAGCGGACCGCAGUCUGCCGAGAAUGUGCACGUAUGGCUCUCUCGGCACCUGCCUGACCGACCUCACCCUGCUGUGAGCCGACCAGUCAAUUACAUCGGAUGGAUAGUAUCUAUUGUCAGCACUCUGGGCGUCGCAGGUGUUAUUUUCAAGGCCUGGCCGUAUGUGCUCCCCGUCAUCCAAAACCGCAAUGUUUGGGCAGGCUUGAGCUUGAUCGGUAUUCUCUUGUUCACUAGCGGCCAUAUGUUCAACCAGAUCCGAAAGGUGCCGUAUGUAGCUGGUGAUGGACGUGGUGGCAUCAACUACUUUGCCGCGGGGUUCCAGAGCCAAUUUGGACUCGAGACACAAAUUAUUGCUUUCAUUUACGGUGUCCUUUCCUUUGCCACCAUAUCCCUAGCAAUCAAGGCCCCAAGAACUCGGGAUCCUAAGUUCCAGCAACUCACAGUUAUUGUCUGGGGAGGUGUCCUGGUUCUUAUGUAUAGCUUCCUACUAUCAGUUUUCCGGGUCAAGAAUGGCGGCUAUCCUUUUAAGCUACCUCCCUUUAUGUAAAUCUACGCAAGAUGAUGAAUAGAAGUGGGAUGGCUACCUACUGGGUUCCUAGGUGGUCUUGGUGUCUGACCAAGAGGGUUGCUUUAAUGCAAGUGCGAGACACGCGGGAACGAGCAGGGUUUAGUUGAGUUCCCCAAGAUAGGGCUAGACAUGAUUAAGAAUAACACGACGAAUAUCCCGUAUUUUGAAGCAAGCAAAUAUUUGGGCCAACAUUGAAGGUCUAGGCGCUGAUGUUUUCGCUCGUCUGAACGUUUGUUCCUAGUAGCAUUGUAGCAAGCUAGCUAGGGCGUAUUACACAGAUCCAUUAUGUUGUGUUCGUGCUUGUACAAAGUCGUACUAGGUAUGUACAUUUGAAUGAUCGCGGCUUUCAAUCUACGUAGUACAACUUUGUAUAUGUUAAGUCUGACAUACUAGGUAUGGUAUACAUCGUGCAAUGUUUUAUAAUAUCAUUUGACGAAUACUACUAUUGAUAGUCUCCAAUGGUACCUGAUAUGAAUAAUAUUCAUGAUGGGCUGGCUUAGGAAAAUGAUUAUCGAGGAGUAAAUGAUAAAUAAUCGACGGAUCCAUUUAAUAAGGCGAGACGGGCAACUUCAAAUGUUGUACUACUAGUAGUAGGCAAG